UGGUGAGCUAAGCGAAAACGAAAGUAAAUUGUUCCAAGCAAAGUGUAAAGCAGUUGCUACAAAAAAAAAACAUUUAUGUGAACUAUUUGCAAAGUGAAGAAGUAACAAGUGCGGUGCAUUCAUAGGCAAAACAAAACGAAAUUAAAUAAAUUAAGGCAUAUUUAACGCAAGCUGUCGCCCACACCCGAACACGAACACUGAAGCAGCAGCAGCCAGCGAGAGCUAAUUAAUUAAUUUGUCAGUCAAGUGUUAAAGUGCAAACAAAGCAAACAACAAUCCCAACAACAACAACAAUCAAGAACAAUUGCUGCAACUUCUUUGAAGCGGUUCAUUGAUCUACGCAAGCAAAUUGCGCAGCGCAGUUGAUAUUAUUAUUUCAGCGUUGGAGUUGAAGUUCAAAGUGCGCUCCGUUGCUCGCAAAAACAGCCCAAAACAUGGCCAAAACCUGCCAAAGUCAUGCAUCCGUGUUCAUGGCGCUAGUCCCACUGCUGUCCAUACUGGCGGCAGUGCAGAGUGCGCCAGUGUCGACCACAUCACAAGCAGAGAUCUAUUUAUCGCAAUUCGGUUAUCUUCCUGCCUCGGCGCGCAAUCCGGCCAGCAGUGGACUGCAGGACAAGCACACCUGGGUUAGUGCUAUAGAGGAGUUCCAGAACUUUGCUGGCCUGAACGUAACUGGGGAACUGGACGAGGAGACGAUGAAGCUGAUGUCGCUGCCACGUUGCGGCGUCAGAGAUCGCGUGGGCUCUUCGGACACGCGCUCCAAGCGCUAUGCCCUGCAAGGCAGUCGCUGGAGGGUGAAGAACCUGACCUACAAGAUCUCCAAGUAUCCCAAGCGCUUGAAGCGCGUCGAUGUCGAUGCCGAAAUAGCGCGCGCCUUUGCCGUCUGGAGCGAGGACACCGAUCUGACCUUUACACGCAAGACUUCGGGUCCAGUGCACAUUGAAAUCAAGUUCGUGGAGAGCGAGCAUGGCGAUGGCGAUGCCUUUGAUGGUCAGGGCGGCACCUUGGCGCACGCCUUCUUCCCCGUCUUUGGUGGCGAUGCCCACUUCGAUGAUGCCGAGCUCUGGACCAUUGGCUCGCCACGCGGCACGAAUCUCUUUCAGGUAGCAGCGCAUGAGUUCGGUCACUCUUUGGGACUCUCGCACUCGGAUCAGUCCUCUGCGCUCAUGGCACCCUUCUAUCGCGGCUUUGAGCCCGUCUUCAAACUGGACGAGGACGACAAGGCCGCCAUUCAGUCGCUCUACGGGCGCAAGACCAACCAGUACACGCCCACAAAUGUCUAUCCGCCCAGCACGCAGCGACCCUCGUAUACGCCACCAAAGGUGCCGCUCGACGGCUCCGUCUGCAAGGACUCCAAGGUGGACACCAUCUUCAAUUCGGAGAAUGGCGACACCUUCGCCUUCAAGGGCGACAAGUACUAUAAGCUGACCACAGACUCCGUGGAGGAGGGCUACCCCAAGCUGAUAUCCAAGAACUGGCCGGGUCUGCCGGCCAACAUUGAUGCUGCCUUUACCUAUAAGAAUGGUAAGACGUAUUUCUUCAAGGGCACACAAUACUGGCGCUACCACGGCAGCCAGAUGGAUGGCGCCUAUCCCAAGGAAAUAAGCGAGGGCUUCACGGGCAUACCCGAUCAUCUGGAUGCGGCCAUGGUGUGGGGCGGCAAUGGCAAGAUCUAUUUCUUCAAGGGCAGCAAGUUCUGGCGAUUCGAUCCGGCCAAGAAGCCGCCCGUCAAGGCCAGCUACCCCAAGCCCAUUUCCAACUGGGAGGGCGUGCCCAACAAUCUGGAUGCAGCGCUGCGAUACACCAAUGGCUACACGUACUUCUUCAAGGGCGACAAGUACUAUCGCUUCCACGAUGCGCGCUUUGCGGUGGACACGGCAACGCCUCCAUUCCCACGCCCCACAGCACAUUGGUGGUUCGGCUGCAAGAACACGCCCUCAUCCACAGGUAAUAUUAUUGAGGAUGAGCAGCAGCAGCAGCAGUCGGAGCAGCGCUCGCAGCAGGCUGCCGAUUAUGGUAACAGUGAUAUUGACCUGGAAGCAGCUGUUGGCGAUAAUCAAACAAACGAUGAAGCCGUCGAACCAGAAAUGGCGGAACGUACUGGCAAUGGAGCCACCAGCCUCUUCAAGCUCAGCAGCGGGUCCGCUGUCAGUGUACUGCUCAGUACGCUGCUACUUUGUUUUGUCUCCAAGUUUAUAGUUAGCUAAAAUAUGUAUUUUUUUGUUUAUUUUUACCAAAAUUGGUUGGCUGCCUCAUCACAUACUACACUAGUGCCUAGAAAACGGUUCAUACACAAUUCGAAUAAAUUGUAACGGAAGUAUGCAUAUGCAUACCAUAUCAUUUGAGCAAUGCUUAAUCGGGUGCCUUAAAUAUUGUUGUUGUGUGUAAAUACGAGUAACUUAUGUAAAUGAACCUUAAAUAUUUAUUACAUUC